AUGCACUACAGCUUCGUUGCACUCUUCAACUUUUUGGGCCUCUUGUCCCGCGCUGAAGCUAGAUCAUGCGGACAUACCUAUUUAUACUGCGGAGUUACCCUUCAAGAUAAAGGAUGGAGCCAGUCAGAACUCGUCAACAUAAUCAAUAAGGAUCAGUUUCCCAAUCCAAACGCCGUUGAUGACUAUCGGAAUGCGCUAUUCCAAUGCGGCGAUAGUGAUAACCCUUUUUAUGUCGGAUACUGCAAUGCGGGUUGUAUUAAUGAAGGUAGUGGGCAUGAUGACAUUUGUAAAGAUCCAUAA